GGCAAGAUGGUGUGGAACCGCGUCAAGUUCCCCAACAUGGCGGUGACCUUCAUGGGCAAGAACGCGCGCACGCGGCUGCGCGACAACCAGUUCGUCUUCCGCGUGGAGCCGCACUACACCAAGCACGAGAUCAAGGAGUACCUGACCAAGGUCUACGACCUGCCCGUGGCCAAGGUCAACACCAUGAACUACGAGGGCAAGUUUAAGCGCGCGUUCCGCGGCCGCUACGUGUACAAGGAGAAGGACUGGAAGAAGGCCAUCGUGACCCUCAAGGAGUAACUUAGGCGCCUAGUUAUUCGGCGGUGAGGGGCGUUCUGGUCUGCUGUGCGGCGCUGAGUGGCGGAUAAAGCGGAGAAGAAGGAGGGAAGACAGUGUAGAUAACCGCCGCCUAGUGACGACUGCAGAAUGGAGAGGAGGAGGCCUUUGACCGCCGCAGCUUCAGUGUUGGUGACUGAUUCUUUCGGCGUUGGAUGCGAGGUGCACGCAGCCUGCAUGCAAUGCUGCUGCCAUUGCAACAAUGCAACUCUCGGAGCCAAGUCUGUCGCGUGCAAGUGCGUUAACCCUCUCUCCAGACGCAAGCAAUGAACACACACGGCUACUCCAC